AUGGCGGCUGGUUGGAAACAUUUCACUGGGAAAUCCCCCUAUCCCGAGCUCACCGCCAACAGCACUCAAUCGGCGUUUACCUAUGGCUCGAAAAGGGAUCGACGAUAUAGAAUGGGAUGGAUUCAAGGAAAACGUGAUGAGCGCGAGGAGAGAAACAUGCUCAAUUGGGUGGGCAAGAUUUCCGGAUGCGAAGUCUCGGAUGAUCAAGAGGUGGCUCUAGAACAGUUACACGAUGGAGUGACUCUAUGCGAGUUUUUGAAUGGUUUAAACCCACACGCUCUCAACCGUACGAUUAGCCACAAGAAAUCGCUUUUUGCCGCCACGGAGAAUGUGACAAACUUUCAGGAAAGCAUCUGUAAUUUUGGACUCCGACAAGCUGACUUAUUCCCGCCAAAUGAGUUACUCGAGAAGCGAACGCUCACCGGACUCAUCAAAACGCUUGUCAUUCUAAAGUCCAAGUACCCGUUUCAGUUGGCUGGACCAGGA